CCAUCAUGGCAGGCAGUAAGUUGGUGCUGGAGGGAAGAGUCAGUGUCCAGAGCUUCAUAUUAGGGCUUAGCGUCGUCGUGGUUCCAAUAAUACGAACCUGCUUUGGACACCUGGACUGGGUCUUCGAUUAUCUAACGGAAACUCCCGGAAAAAUCGUGAUUUGUUUGCAGGUCGCGGUGAUAAACGGCCUGUUAUUGCUGGUCUACAGAGGUCCAGUCUACAAGGUCGCAGUGCGAGCCUGCUUCCUUGGAGUCACAUUCGGCUGCGGGUUGAUCAUCAGCUGCUCUGACACCACAUGGACGCAUUUCGGCUGGUACAUGUGCUCGCUGUCCUUCUUCCACUACUCUGAGUACCUGGUGACGGCCAUCAUCAACCCUCGCAGCCUGUCUCUGGACUCCUUCCUGCUCAAUCACAGUGUGGAGUACACGCUGGCUGCCAUCUCCUCCUGGCUGGAGUUCACAGUGGAGAAGCUCACCGUCCCAGAGCUGAAACAGCUGAGCUGGCUCAGCUUCGUGGGCUUGUUCAUGGUGCUGUGCGGCGAGGGUCUACGCAAGGCGGCCAUGUUGACAGCUGGCUCAAACUUCAACCACAUCGUCCAGAAUGAGAAGGCCCAGAGCCACGUGCUGGUCACAGACGGCGUCUACGCCUUCUUUAGACACCCUUCCUACGUGGGCUGGUUCUACUGGAGCAUAGGAACCCAGGUGAUGCUGUGUAACCCCCUCUGCAUUCUGGCCUACACGAUAGCCAGCUGGAGGUUCUUCCGAGAGCGCAUCGAAGAGGAGGAGCUCUCCCUCAUCCAUUUCUUUGCCGAGGACUACGUGGAAUACAAAAAGAGAGUACCGACCGGACUUCCUUUCAUCUCAGGAAUCCGGGUCAACUGAGACACGGCGGGACUCUGACUCGUAGCACAUGUGCAGGCAGCACCACGGGGCUGUGGUGCUGCCACGGCAGUCGCUGGAGACUGCUGCGCAUCUGGAACUCUUGACGGCAGGGACAGCAAGCGCCACCUGGGCUGGACUUUUUCUACCAACCUCAGCUCUCUAGUAGCAUUUGUUCAGUCUGUUGAUUUGCAACACGAGUGUGUGUGUGGCAUCUCUUGUCCUGCUGACCAUUUAUGAGUGACAGCUCCAGUCAUGAGAUACGAACUGAUGGGAGGCUUUCUUGAACAUUCCAACUCUUUUCAGUCUACAUAGAAACAUAAAGGGUCAUUGCCAAGGAGGGAAUCCUUGUGGAGGGAAUCACUUGAGUAGGAUCUCAACUCACACACACACUGUUGACAAAUGUCAGUGUUGCUUUGGGGGAAGAAUUCCAACUGAUAGGAACACACAUAUAGCUGUGUACUUGGAAUAUGUGGCAGCUGAGAUAGAUUCUUCAAAACACACUCGCACUGCUUGUUGACUGCACAAUGGGAGCCACAGUUCUGUUGUGUGAUUUCACUGGGUCGAUCAUUUUUAGCUGAAUAAUGCCCACCAACUCUUCCUCUUGAGCCUGAGUUUCUCACCAAAGCAUCAAUUUAAACAACAGAAAACCAGGACAGGAAUUCAGGACAAAUAAAUGUACUGUAAUUUCCGGACUAUAAGCCGCUACUUUUUUUUCUCGCGCUCUGAGCCCUGCGGCUUAUGCAGCGUGGCUAAUAUAUGGAUUUUUACAGGCUGAAAUCACGUCAAAUCUGAGGCUUUUCAUUUACUGUUAAAGCGCUCAAAAUGUGAUGUUUUCACCCAGGUGUCCACAGCUCCGCCAGCAAAAUGUGUGCUUUUUGUGAGAUAAAAAUCCAAAUGGACAACCUUUAAUACCUUGUAAAAUAUUCAGGAGAUAAGUAGUUUUGACUCAAGAAGAGUGAGUGUGUUUGAUUUAUCGCAGGUGCUUCCUCUUCAUGAGAUCCCUCUCCAACUCUUCACCAAAGCAUUUCACUUUUAGAUGACGUCAUUCAAUGGUCGACUCUUAAGGACUGAAACAAUUGUUCUGGACAUAAAGAAGGGAGGCCAGGCCACUGAGGAGCAGUAUUCCAGAUGCCUGCCCGAGAGCCAUUCAGUGUGUGAGUUAGCUGAGUAACCAUUUUUUAAAUCAGGAAAGGUUUCUGCCUGCUCUGUUAUUUAUUUAAUCUCCGUGCAUUCAUGUGUGACUAGACUCUACCUGCUGUAGUAGGGUUAUUCGAUCGCCUCUUUUUGAUGACCGUGUUUGUUCUCGAGGCGAGAGCUGAGGAGGCCGACGCUGUGCAGGUUUCACAUGUAGCAGUAGGGGCACUUCCGGGACACGUUUGGCUCCCGCCACCUCCAGACUGCAGCUUUACAAGACGGUGCACAAAGUGGAAUAAAAAGCAGCAGUUUUGAAUCAAGUGUUUAAUCCAUUAUUUAAUCCCUAACUGGGCGGAUGUGUUGUCUCCACAGGCUCCUCGCCUGGAGCGCAGGUGGUGAGAUCCAUGUGGAUGAAUGGUGACUGCACUCUGGCUGUGAGUGGCUGUUUCACUAGUUCCCACUGUUUCUAAUCCUUUCAAUCGUCAUGGAAAUGAAGAGGAGACUAUUUAGGAUGUUUUUGCUUCAGUGAUGAAGCACUGUCUUCAUUUACUGAGCUCUGUCGGUGCUCUGAUGUGAGGCUUCAGUGAAGUGCCUCAGGUUUUUGAGCAGACAGUGCCACCUCGUGGGCGCAGGAAAUACGCCACUGUUUCAUAACGCCUCACAAACCGUUACAGAAAUGUGCUGCGUAAUACGAAGGCUCUGACCUGCCAUGGUGAGUUAUUUUUAUUGAUGUAUUGUCUCGUUCGUAUGAGAUAAUUAUUAGGUUCGUACGUCGGAUGUGGGAUGACCAGAGACCUCUUGCACGAACGUAAUUAUUAUCUAGUACCAACGUGUUUUUUUUUUAUCUCCUACAAAUGUUAUAAUUUUCUCGCACAAAUGUGUUUGUUUCUCGUACGAACAUCUUUUUUUCUCGUACAAAUGUAAUUAUUAUGUCGUACAAACAUGUUUUUUUUUCUAGUCAGGACGUAAUUAUUACCCUAUACGAACGUGAUAGUUAUCUCGUAUGAACAAGAUAAACAUAGAUAAAAAUAACCAUGGCAGUUCGGAGCUUCAGUACCUCCAAAUAUGAUUGGAUCAAAGGCAUUUUACAUCCAUUGUUCUGUGCAUGUUUGGUCCCCAGAUCUCUCAUGCCAAGUGUUCUAGGAAGCACUGCAGUUUCAUUUAAAUGGAAAUGUCAAAUGUAAAAUGGAGAAAAAUGAUUUCAUUUUGAAGAAUACCAGAAAAUAGUGGAACCCCAAAUGAAAAUAUUAGAAAU